AUGAGGAUUUCUUCUUUGGCCCUUGUGGGGCUCAUCAGCACCUUGUUCUGUGAGGUACAAAGUUUUGUUCCAGGCCACUUGGCCCCUCAAACAAAGCCGACGGCGUUUGUAGUCAAAUCAACCCCAGUGAAAGAUGAUACGGAAACAGAAACAGCCAAGGCGUCUGCGAUGACGUCGGAAGAUGAAGCCGUGCUAUUUGGUGGACAGAGCUCCAGCAACUUUGACUAUCCGUCCCAACGAAUGAACCGUUCCGCAGGCGGACAACCUGACAAUUCUGUGCAGCUCAAUUCACUCGAUUAUGCCUCCGACCCACUCAUCAACAAGCUUCGAACCGUCCGAGACACCUUGACCAACUGUCCUGAACUCUGGGCCCAACUUGCCGAUCUAUGCCCUGAGCGCCGUGCCUUGCUGGAUGAACAUAUGUGCGACGAAAAGAUCGACCUCAACUUUAGCCAGAUGAACACUGUGGUCCAAAAGAGUGCCACUGUGUUUGCCGACUUGGGCAUUCAAAAAGGAAAAAACGUGGCUGUUCUGGGAGAAAACUCGGCUCGAUGGCUCAUGGUAGACCACGGAAUUCAAAUGGCAGGAGGAGCUUCGGCGGUCCGCGGUGCGGAUGCUCCCAUUGACGAAUUGCUCUACAUUUAUGAACAUUCGGACAGUGCCGGGGUAGCUGUUGUUCAGGGACCACGGCUCUUGCAGAAACUCAUCAAACAUGCCAAGGCAACCGGACUGGAGAACCUAGGACUGCAAAAUGACUCUUAUGGCCCAGUCAAGACGAUUCUUCUCAUGCACCGAGAGAAAAAGUCCGACGAAGACAUUGCCAAGCUUGCGGCAGAAGCGGGUGUGGAAAUCAAGGUUUUUGGUGAUUUGCUAGACGCAGCCUCUCCCCUUGACCCCAGUCGUCGCCCUUCUCUUGGACACAGUGACAUUGCAACCAUUGUGUACACUUCGGGCACCACUGGACGACCCAAGGGUGUUAUGCUUUCUCAUGGAAACUUGAUUCAUCAGGUCACGCAUCGAUUGAGUCCUUCAAAGAAAUACGAAGAGGCGGAACCUGUUCCUGGAGACAAGAUGGUUUCAUUGCUUCCCGUUUGGCAUAUCACAGAGCGUACCUUUGAAUUGUGGAUGGCAUCGAGAGGUUGCAGCGUUGUCUACUCGUCAAUUCGUACUUUCAAAAAAGACAUGGCAACUCACAAACCAGAAUGGAUGGUGUUGGUCCCUCGUGUCUUGGAGAAAAUUGCUUUGGGAGUGCAGGACAAGUUUUCCUCGGGCAGUAUUGUUGUCAAGACAUUGGUGAAGGUAUUCACAGCCACUUCUUCAACCGCUGCCAAGCAAAAGAAAAUCUCGGAAGGAAUCGUGGUCGGAGACGAAGCCCCUGGAAUUCUGCAGAAGGCUAUGGCAAAAGUAAUCUGCAUUGGCUUGGCCCCCCUCAAUGCUGUAGGAGACAAGUUGGUUUGGAGCAAAGUGAAGGAUGGAUUCGGUGGAAACCUGAAAGUUAUCAUUGCAGGAGGAAGUGCACUGGCAGGGUCGUUGGAGGAGUUUUAUCAAACUGUAGGGAUGACAGUUUGUGUCGGCUAUGGUUUGACCGAGUGUUCUCCGCUCAUCUCUUAUCGACGAGCCGAUGCCAAUUUGGUGACGGCAGGAUGUGCCGGUAAAGUAUGCCGGGAUACAGAGCUGAGAGUGGUAGAGCUGGAUGCAAAGGCAGGCGAUGUAGAACGUGCUGCUCUUCCUGACGGCGAAGCUGGAGUUGUCCUGGCUCGCGGACCACAAGUCAUGCAAGGGUACUACAAGAACCCUGAAGCAACCGCGAAGGCAAUCGACAAGUUUGGUUGGUUCGAUACUGGCGACGUCGGUCGUAUUAACCCUGUCACGGGAGAUUUGAUUCUGACGGGGCGUGCCAAGGAUACAAUUGUUUUGUCGAAUGGCGAGAACAUCGAACCGGGCCCGAUUGAAGAUGCAGUCUUGGGAAGUACCACAUUGAUUGAACAAGUGAUGUUGACCGGCCAGGAUGGACGUCGGCUUGUGGCCAUUGCUGUUUUGCGCCCAGAAGAACUGGGAGCCGCCGGCUUCCUUGAAAAGGCCGAGGCAACCAAAUUGCAAGCUGCCUAUGACAAGAUCAAUGACCCCAAGUGCAGCGAUGGGGACCGCGAAGAGAACUUGAAGGUUUUGGAUGAAGCCGUGUCAAAGUUGCAAUCCAAUGCUAGCCUCAAGAGCAACCUGAAGACUGACAUCAAAUCUGCUACAUCAUCUUUCCGUCCCUGGGAACAAGUCGGAGACAUUCAUGUGACUAUUGAACCAUUUGCCAUGGCCAACGGCCUUCUCACCCAGAGCUACAAAGUGAAGCGAGAUGCUGUGCUGGCAAGGCAUGGUGCGGAUCUGCCCUAA